GAGAUUCAGAGGAGACACUGUAAGAAUCACUCUUUCUCAGUUACUGUAUGAGUGCUUUAAAGUGUACCUAAGAACACUGAUACUUUUGUUAAUAAUAUCUUUAAAAGGAGAACAUUUUACAAGGGAACUGCUACAGACAAAAACUCCUUGGAGAUUGCCUUCAAAUCGAGAUUAACUGCACCAUAAACAGCAGUGAAACCCUGGAACCCUGGAAGAAAUAACCAUGACGAAGGGAAAGGUGUCUGCCACAACCAAGACUGGAAACGAGUAUCCACCCAGCUAUGAGGAGGCUACAGCAGAUUAUGGGGAGAUGCAGGCCCAGUUCUCCUGGGAUGACAAAGUCAUCCGGAGGAUCUUCAUCCGAAAGGUCUACUCCAUCCUGAUGAUCCAACUCUUAGUGUCUGUGUCUAUUGUUUCUAUCUUCACAUUUUGCGCACCAGUGACAUUUUACAUUCAGACCCAUCCUGGACUGUACUUUGUUUCCUACCUCACCUUCUUUGCCACGUACAUUGCGUUGUCCUGCUGUGGGGAACUGAGGAGGCAGUUUCCCUGGAACCUCAUCUUACUGACUAUCUUUACUGUGAGCAUGGCCUCCAUGAUGGGCUUUGUGUCCAGUUUCUACAACACUAAGUCAGUGGUGCUGUGUCUAGGAAUCACUGCUUUGGUGUGUCUGUCAGUCACCAUCUUCAGCUUUCAGACCAAGGUUGAUGUCACUUCCUACCAGGGGGUCCUAUUGAUCCUGUGCAUGGUCAUGCUCUUCUGUGCCAUCACUUUGUCUAUCGUUGUCCCCUUUGGAUAUGUGCCUUGGUUACACGCCAUCUAUGCUGUGAUAGGAGCCAUCUUUUUUACUCUGUUUUUGGCGUUUGACACCCAGCUACUAUUAGGAAGCAAACGUCACACCAUCAGUCCAGAGGAGUACGUAUUUGCCACCCUCAACAUCUACCUGGACAUCAUCUACCUGUUUUCCUUCCUGCUGCAACUGUUUGGUGGAGGCCGUGAUUGAAACUACUGUUACUCGCUCCUAUCUAUCCUAUCCAUCCCCUCUCCCAAUCUCUACUUCAGUCUUUAAAUCCAUUCAAAAAUGACACUAUGUAUUCACUUUAAUUGCAAUAGCCAUCAAUUGAUCUGCCAAGAUGAGGGCAUGUUUCAACAUUCUAUGAUGUUCCAGCUUUUGCAUCUCUGACCCUUUUUCCACCAAAUUAGCACUGGUUCUUUAACCAGUUCCGUUCAAAAUUAUUGAAACCUUGGUGCGAUCUAGCAAACCAGUCCGUGUUUCCACCAGUUUUUAGAAUAACCUAAUCAAGGAUGCGUCAUCAACGAUGGACAAGACAACAAUAGGCUAUUUUUUACCUAGAAAAUAUUACUUAACCUACUCGUCGUCCCACAUGAGGCAAAUAGGCUUAGCCUACAUGUACAUUUAAUAGGUUGGAAAUAUGGUCACAUUUAAAGUUGAAGGUAACAUCACAAUUGGCACUAUGACAGACUACAGUUUCCAAUAAUAAACUUUGCACGCGUAUUUAAAAGACAGAACAAAUAUUGUAAGUUAUUUCAGAUGCAAACACGGACGUGCAGACAUGAAUUGUCGCCUACCGAAUAUGGACAAUGGAAUUUUUCCAAGUAACGCACUUUCUAAAGUCUACGCCCACUGAUGUCGUCACGGUUCCACAUCUGAGUCAAUUGGAACAGAACAGAAUCCGCACCAUAUUGGUGGAAAAGUGUUUUUUGACCAGGGUUGUCCAAGGUCACUUGCAAUACUGCAAUCCUAAUGCAACUGUAGCUUUCUGAGUUACUGAGCCAAACAAGUAAGGGACAGUUGCGGACCAUACUGUUAAAGCAUUCCAAUUGUAAAUACAUCUUAGUAUUCUUAUUAUGUGGAUUCAGGAAAUCUGCAGUAUACAACUCAACAGGAUUGAGUUCUGAUUUCAUAUUGCACAGAUUUUGCUUUUUUAAGACAGUCUCAAGAGAAUUCAUGUUUGUAUCCUAAAACACUACUACUUGCAUCUCAAUAUAAGAGCGGACCAGGCUUAAACAUAUAGUAUGUGUGUGUGCAUUAGGUUUUAUUUUCUUUCAAACCUUCAGAAAAUAAGGCAAAAAGAACUACACAAUUGUGGUUAGAAGUGUGGAAUAGAAGUGUGAUGUUCAAAAGUUGACCAUAGUUGCACAUCAGAAUAAAAAAUUAGUUGCAAGUUCUAUUGUAACUUUAAAAUAGUUUGUGGCCUCUGGAUUGGGCUUGUGUAACAAUGUUGCAACAAUGCAACAACCUUCAUUUUCCAAUACUUAUUUUGAAAUCAGUGUGAAAGCCAGGAGUGAAAAGAUUCCCUUGUUGUGAUGUUAUAAAUGGUAACUUUGUUUCAAACAUUAGGAUUCAGAUGGAGAAAUAAACAAUGCAUGAGGUGGGAACAUAAUUAUGUUUGGUUUGAUUUCUGUCUCCUAUAGUAGAGCAUAUUUAUGAAGCUGUAGUACAACCAUUAAAAACACGGCUUUUAUUUAAAAAAGAAAAUCAACAUAUUCAAAUUCAAAGAGUAAAACCAAGAAAGAAGGAAAAUAUUUUUUUCUCUGAAUAAAAAACUGAAGUUAGCAGAAUUGAACAAUUCUGGCACAGACAAAAGUUGCCAACCAAGUGGCUAACCAGCUCAUUAGCAAACAAACCAAAUAUCAAAACCACUGUCCUCCAACAAACUGUACAAAUGAGUUUUUUUAUAAAUAAGGAACAUGUUUUCUAGCAGUGUCAGAUAGGCCAACUGAAUGUUCAACUUCAAAGGCAACCCACUUAUGGGUUAUGAUAUUUGAUUACAAAUUAAUUUUUUGGAAAGCACCUGUUUGCAAUGACUUUAAUCACUGAUUUUGUAAAUUUUUACUGUACUACAAAUUACAUAACCAAAUAACUAGCCAGCAACAUCAAUGGAUAUGUUUUCAUGUGUCAUAGGCCUAAUGUUAUAGUGUUAUAAAACUUAAAUUGUUAGAUCAAGUGAAUCAAGUUUCUAAAGGAAGACAUGUUGGAACAUUCAGAGUGGCCAUCAUCUUACAAAUUGCUUGGACAUCCCGUUUUAGCAGCAUAACAUUUUGAAACUAUGAAAUAAGCUAUCAAAGCUACAUGAUCUGGACAUGAGGAUUUGCAUUGUUUUUUAGAAUUUGCAUUGACAUGGAUAAGUGCACAACGAAAGAUCAGAUCCAUAUUAUGUUUUAAAUCCCCCUGGUUUUUAAGUCCUACAAAAAGCUUCUGACUUUGAUACCUUCUUCCAUGAAAAUGUAAUGUCACACAUCGUUGUUAAGAUUAAAUUGGUUAAAGAUAAGUUUAUAAUAGAACAUGGAACAUCAAUUUGCAAUACUGGGCAAGCUGCAUAAGAACUGGUCAUUUCAUAGUUUCAAAAUAAAUUUCUGUUUAAUGUUAUGGCUGAUACAUGAAAUAUUUGUUACCAUGAAUACAUAAAAUAAUCCUUAUUUUCCUUCAUGAUGUGGUGGACUGAAUGUGAAACUUGCUUGUGAUAAUUCUUGUGUUACUGUAUCUGGACAGAUCAUGAAACAUCAACAAAAUAUAGUUGAUGAAGUAGAGACAAAUAAUAUUACAAACAUCUUGACAUGAAAAGAAUACAAGAGAACAGAAGGGAGUCUAAUAUUUACAGAGAUUGCAAAUGCUGAACUCUCCAUUUUGACACUAUAAAGCAUGAGAACAAUUUCCCCCAGAUUUUUACAAUGUGGUUUUAAAUGAACAUCUUAAACAUGAAUUCAACAAAACCACGUUAUGAGAGGAAUGUCACUCAA